AUGUGGAUCUUCUAUCCGUUUCCUCCUGCUUCGCCACCUCCUCCCUCCCAGUUCUCUGGGCGCCGUGACAGCCCCGCCCCCGCGCUCGGUCCAGCCUUCCGCAGCACCCGCAGCUGCCACAAUAAUUAUUUUUCGGGCCCGCGCUCGCCUGGCGGGCUCCGCACAGGGACCCCGCCGCGCUGCCGAAGGGCUGGGGCGAUCGGCCACGUGGACUGCAUCCGUUUCAAGCGCAGCGCGAUCGAGGAGUUGGAAGUCCUCGGACGUAUUGGAGAUUGUGCGGCCCUGUUCUCGAAGAAGCUGAUUGAUGUUUAUGCAAUGUUGUUGUCUUCUGUGUUCGGUCUCUGCACGCGCUUCCGAGGACUCCAGAGAUCCUGCAGACUUCCGGAAACAUUAGGAAUGAAGGAUACGUCGCGCGCAGCCGCGCGCACGAUGUACAGAUGUUCGCGCUCUUCUCUAAACGCGCAUGUGCGCGGCCCUUUCCUCUUGAAGGUGGACUCGGGCCCGUUGAAUUCAACAAGCGCCGCGGAGCUGACUCCUUAG